CACAAAGCUUACCUAAAGCGUAGGAACUACUUUUCGCAAAUUAAGAGUCCGCCAGGACUGUAGUACGGUAACGGACCACUUCCGGUUUUGCAAUAAACCAACAUGGCGUCCGGCACAGAGAUGUGUGGAUCAGUCAGUGAUGAGGAACCGACGGAAACAUUAGCAUCACAGAAGAGAGAGGAAAGGCUGAGAAAGUUCCGAGAGCUUCAUUUAAAAAGGAACGAGGCUCGUAAACUGAAUCAUCAGGAAGUGGUGGAGGAGGACAAGCGGCUAAAGCUGCCCUCCAACUGGGAGGCUAAGAAAGCUCGCCUCGAGUAUGAGCUCAUGGUGGAUGAAAAGAAGAAGGAGUGUGCGGCUCGAGGGGAGGAUUACAACCGUGUGAAACUGCUGGAGAUCAGCGCCGAGGAUGCUGAGAGAUGGGAGAGGAAAAAGAAGAAGAAAAACCCUGAUCCUGGCUUCUCAGGGUACGCCGAGGCCCAGCUGAGGCAAUACCAGAGGCUCACUAAACAGAUAAAGCCUGAUAUGGAAACCUACGAAAGACAAAGAGAGGAGUGUGGUGAAGACUUUCACCCCACCUCCAACAGUCUGAUCCACGGAACGCACGUUCCCUCUAGAGAAGCCAUUGACCGCAUGCAGGAGGACGUCGAGAAACAAAUCGAGAAGCGCGCCAAAUUCAGCAGGCGCAGAGCCUACAACGAUGACGCCGACAUUGAUUACAUCAACGAGAGAAACGCCAAGUUCAACAAGAAAGCCGAGCGCUUCUACGGAAAAUACACCGCCGAGAUCAAACAGAACCUGGAGAGAGGAACCGCAGUGUAGCUGUCAGUGUUGUUAUCAAGAUGGCAAGCUUUCUUUAGAUCAUCAUCAGUGCUUUUGUGUAUAUUUUUUUUUCUCGAUUACUGCUCUUUUUAAUACUCUGACACAUAGACACUGCUCUGAUCAGCCUGAACAAUCCUGUUAGUGUAAAUGAAUACUAUUCAUGUACCAGUUUGUUGUGUGAAAAUGGAGUCUUUCAUGUUGUGUAUUUUUUGUUGUCUUGAAUAAAAAUCGUCAGUUUA